AUGAAAGUGACCGUGUGCUUCGGACGGACCUGGGUAGUCGUGCCGUGCGGGGACGGCCACAUGAAAGUUUUCAGCCUCAUCCAGCAGGCGGUGACCCGCUACCGGAAGGCCAUCGCCAAGGAUCCAAACUACUGGAUACAGGUGCAUCGCUUGGAACAUGGAGAUGGAGGAAUACUAGACCUGGAUGACAUUCUCUGUGAUGUAGCAGAUGAUAAAGAGAAUAUGCCUCUUCAUGUUCGAUGCAGUAGUGACCCAGCUCUAAUUGGCCUCUCCACCUCUAUCAGUGAUAAUAAUUUUUCCUCUGAAGAGCCUUCAAGGAAAAAUCCCACACGCUGGUCAACAACAGCUGGGUUCCUCAAGCAGAACACUGCUGGGAGUCCUAAAACCUGCGACCGGAAGAAAGAUGAAAACUACAGAAGCCUCCCACGGGAUACUAGUAACUGGUCUAACCAAUUUCAGAGAGAAAACGCUCGCUCGUCUCUGAGUGCCAGUCACCCAAUGGUGGGCAAGUGGCUGGAGAAGCAAGAACAGGAUGAGGAUGGGACAGAAGAGGGUAGCAGUCGUGUUGAACCUGUUGGACAUGCUGACACAGGUUUGGAGAACAUACCCAACUUUUCUCCGGAUGAUACGGUAAAGCUCGUACAAGUCCCCAACGAUGGAGGGCCUCUGGGAAUCCAUGUAGUGCCUUUCAGUGCUCGAGGCGGCAGAACCCUGGGGGUAUUAGUAAAACGAUUGGAGAAAGGUGGUAAAGCUGAACAUGAAAAUUUUUUUCAUGAGAAUGAUUGCAUUGUCAGGAUUAAUGAUGGCGACCUUCGCAAUAGAAGAUUUGAACAAGCACAACAUAUGUUUCGCCAAGCCAUGCGUACCCCCAUCAUUUGGUUCCAUGUGGUUCCUGCAGCAAAUAAAGAGCAGUACGAACAACUAUCCCAAAGUGAGAAGAACAAUUAUUAUUCAAGCCGCUUUAGCCCUGACAGCCAGUAUAUUGACAACAGGAGUGUGAACAGUGCAGGGCUUCACGCGGUGCAGAGAGCACCCGGAUUGAACCACCCGCCUGAGCAGAUAGACUCUCACUCACGACUGCUACCUCAUAGCACGCACCCCUGGGGAAAAUCGCCAUCCGCUCCGGCCCCAGCACCUCAGAAUGUAUUUAGUACGACUAUAAACAGUGGUUAUAACACCAAAAAAAUAGGCAAGAGGCUUAAUAUCCAGCUUAAGAAAGGUACAGAAGGUUUGGGAUUCAGCAUCACUUCUAGAGAUGUAACAAUUGGUGGCUCAGCUCCAAUCUAUGUGAAAAACAUCCUCCCCCGGGGGGCGGCCAUUCAGGAUGGCCGACUUAAGGCAGGAGACAGACUUACAGAGGUAAAUGGAGUAGAUUUAGCGGGCAAAUCCCAAGAGGAAGUUGUUUCCCUGUUGAGAAGCACCAAGAUGGAAGGAACUGUGAGCCUUCUGGUCUUUCGCCAGGAAGACGCCUUCCACCCAAGGGAACUGAAAGCAGAAGAUGAGGAUAUUGUUCUCACACCAGAUGGCACCAGGGAAUUUCUGACGUUUGAAGUCCCACUUAAUGAUUCAGGAUCUGCCGGCCUUGGUGUCAGUGUCAAGGGUAACCGGUCAAAAGAGAACCACGCAGAUUUGGGAAUCUUUGUCAAGUCCAUUAUUAAUGGAGGAGCAGCAUCUAAAGAUGGAAGGCUUCGGGUGAAUGAUCAACUGAUAGCAGUAAAUGGAGAAUCCCUGUUGGGCAAGACAAACCAAGAUGCCAUGGAAACCCUAAGAAGGUCUAUGUCUACUGAAGGCAAUAAAUGAGGAAUGAUCCAGCUUAUUGUUGUGAGGAGAAUAAGCAAGUGCAAGCUGAAGUCACCUGGGAGCCCCCCUGGACCUGAGCUACCCAUUGAAACAGCGUUGGAUGACAGAGAACGAAAAAUUUCCCAUUCCCUCUAUGGUGGGAUUGAGGGACUUGAUGAAUCGCCCAGCAGAAAUGCUGCCCUCAGUAGGAUAAUGGGUAAAUACCAGCUGUCCCCUACAGUGAAUAUGCCCCAAGAUGACACUGUCAUUAUAGAAGAUGACAGGUUGCCAGUGCUUCCUCCACAUCUCUCUGACCAGUCCUCUUCCAGCUCCCAUGACGAUGUGGGGUUCGUGACAACAGAUGCUGGUACUUGGGCCAAGGCUGCAAUUAGUGAUUCAGCCGACUGCUCUUUGAAUCCAGAUGUUGAUCCAGUUCUUACUUUUCAACGAGAAGGAUUUGGACGUCAGAGUAUGUCAGAAAAACGCACAAAGCAGUUUUCGGAUGCCAGUCAAUUGGAUUUCUUUAAAACACAAAAAUCAAAAAGCAUGGAUUUAGGUAUAGCUGACGAGACUAAACUCAAUACAGUGGAUGACCAGAAAGCAGGUUCUCCCAGCAGAGAUGUGGGUCCUUCCCUGGGUCUGAAGAAGUCAAGCUCAUUAGAGAGUCUGCAGACCACAGUUGCCGCGGUGACUCUGAAUGGGGAUAUUCCUUUCCAUCGCCCACGGCCGAGGAUGAUCAGAGGCAGGGGAUGCAAUGAGAGCUUCAGAACUGCCAUCGACAAAUCUUAUGAUAAGCCUGCGGCAGAUGAUGAUGACGAAGGCAUGGAGACCUUGGAAGAAGACACAGAAGAAAGUUCAAGAUCAGGGAGAGAGUCUGUGUCCACAGCCAGUGAUCAGCCUUCCCACUCUCUGGAGAGACAAAUGAAUGGAAACCAAGAGAAAGGUGAUAAGACGGAUAGAAAGAAAGAUAAAACUGGAAAAGAAAAGAAAAGAGAUAAGGAGAAGGAUAAAAUGAAAGCCAAGAAGGGCAUGCUGAAGGGCUUGGGAGACAUGUUCGGGUUUGGCAAACAUCGAAAAGAUGACAAGAUUGAGAAAACGGGUAAGAUAAAAAUUCAGGAAUCCUUUACGUCAGAAGAGGAGAGGAUACGAAUGAAGCAGGAACAGGAGAGGAUUCAAGCCAAAACUCGAGAAUUUAGGGAGCGACAGGCCCGGGAGCGUGACUAUGCCGAAAUCCAAGACUUUCAUCGGACGUUUGGCUGUGAUGAUGAGUUGAUGUAUGGGGGAGUUUCUUCUUAUGAAGGUUCCAUGGCUCUCAAUGCUAGACCUCAGAGCCCACGAGAAGGUCAUUUGAUGGAUGCUUUGUAUGCUCAAGUCAAAAAGCCGCGGAAUUCCAAACCUUCACCUGUAGACAGUAACAGAUCAACUCCUAGCAACCAUGAUCGGAUACAGCGUCUGAGGCAAGAAUUUCAACAAGCAAAGCAGGAUGAAGAUGAAGAAGAUCGUCGACGGACUUACAGCUUUGAGCAACCCUGGCCGAACGCGCGGCCGGCGGCGCAGAGAGGGCGGCACUCGGUGUCCGUGGAGGUGCAGAUGCAGCGGCAGCGGCAGGAGGAGCGCGAGAGCUCGCAGCAGGCGCAGCGCCAGUACAGCUCUCUGCCCCGGCAAAGCAGGAAAAAUGCCAGCUCAGUCUCCCAGGACUCUUGGGAGCAGAACUACUCCCCCGGGGAAGGCUUCCAGAGUGCCAAAGAGAACCCCAGGUACUCCAGCUACCAAGGUUCCAGGAAUGGCUACCUGGGAGGACAUGGCUUCAACGCCAGGGUCAUGCUGGAAACGCAGGAGCUCCUCCGCCAGGAACAGAGACGGAAGGAGCAGCAGAUGAAGAAGCAGGCUCCUUCCGAGGGGCCCAGCAAUUAUGACUCUUAUAAGAAAGUCCAGGACCCCAGUUACGCCCCUCCCAAGGGACCCUUCCGGCAAGACGUGCCCCCAUCCCCUUCUCGGGUCGCGAGGCUGAACAGACUUCAGACUCCUGAGAAAGGGAGGCCCUUCUAUUCCUGAGCACGCGGAGAACGGAUGCUUCAUGUCAAGCAAUAAAAGACAUUUU